CACACUACUACUCUCAAGGAUCCGGGCAUUCUUGGCUGGCCAGCAGUGGUAACGUGGGCAUUAGUAUCUCCGUUUCUAACAAUUGGGGGACAAGACCAGGGAAGCGUACCGGUACUCAAAACCCGCGGCGAGUUUCAUACCAAAGGGGGAACAGAAAGUUGGUAAUAAGAUCUUUGGAUCGAACGCCGCGGACGACGGGGAGAAGAAAAAAACCGUCCCCAAAAAAACCCUAGAGAGAAGAAGAGAAAAUGAGCGAAGACGACGGGAAGAGCCGGGGAAUCAUCGGCGAUCAUUACGACGGCGGUCACCACCAGCAUCACCAGCAGUACGGGGCGUUUCAGGGCGGCGCCCCGGGCUAUCCUCAGCCGGCGAUCGGGUUCCCUCAGCCGGCGCCUCCGCCUGGGGUCGUUCCCCCGACAUCUUAUCCUCCCCCUCCUUAUUCUGCAGGCGCUCCCUACUAUUCUCAUGGUUACCAAUCCGUUCCAGGUUAUGCUACAGUUGCUGAAGGAAGACCUUUAAGAAUGCCACGCCUUCCCUGCUGUGGCAUUGGUAUUGGCUGGUUUUUGUUUAUCAUUGGCUUCUUUCUUGCUGCUAUUCCCUGGUAUGUUGGAGCUUUCAUUCUACUUUGUGUCAGAAUAGAUUACAGAGAGAAACCAGGGUUCAUUGCUUGCACUAUUGCUCUUUGACUUGUCUUGAACAGGCCAUUCUUGCUGCAAUUGCUAUUCUUCUAGGGGCAACAAAAGGAGCAGAUAUAUGGUGAUUCAUCUACAAGCUGCGGUUGGACACCUAUAGUAUGCAUGUUCAUCAAAUAUAUUAAACUCUGUAAACAAUCAGAAGUUAUUUAUUCAAUAUGUAAGCUGGUGCGGAUUUUGUAUUUGUUAGUAUGAUUGCAUGCGACUAAAGAGUGAUUAAAAUUCCUGUGUUCUGCAAUUGUUUCUUUCAUAUUUUACCCACUCCCCAUAUUCAGUUUAAAUGUAAUCUUGGGAAGGUCCUUAUAACUUUGCCCUCGCUAUUUUUAUCAUCUCUUGGACAUGAAAGAAAUGAAAUAUCAGAAGAUUUUAUA